CUGAACGACUCCCUUAACCCUCUUCCUCUGUUGGCAGUCGGAGAGAAUGCACAUAAGAGUAGUUCAGUGCCGCCGUUGAAGCCACCACAAAUUGCCGUUCCUUCUUACUUCUGAGCAACUGCAGUUCAUUUGUCUCAGAGAAAGAGUGAUACAUCACUCUGAAUGGGUUACAUCCACUAUGGAAGAAAUCUCCGCCACAUAUUCAGAUUCAAAUCCGCCACCGGCAUCGUAACAAAUUCUGCCAGAUCGCAACCGAGGUCACGCGCUCCUUUUCUCGGAAAUGUUCCUUUCUCCACCAAUUCGGACGCCAGAAUCGUGCUGGACCUUCGAGCGGAGGUGGAGCGCGACAGACUCAGGGAGAGAAACGAGCGAUUGAGACUCGGUUUGGACACAGCCGACAUCGACGCCGAGCCCGAGCAGGAUUACAUGGGCGUGGAGCCACUCAUCGCGAAGCUGACAAAGAAGAACGAGAAGGAAUCGGAGGGGGACUUGAAUCGCUACGAGGAGCCCACGGACUCCGAUGAAGAUUCCGACGAGGAAACCCAGGAAGAGGCCGACAAACGGCACCGCGACUUCGAGCGCAAGUUCGAGCGCCACCAGGACCUUCUCAAGAGCUUCACCGACGCCGAAACCCUCGAUGACGCCUUCAAGUGGAUGACCAAAAUUGACAAGUUCGAGCACAAGCAUUUUCGUCUACGUCCGGAAUAUAGGGUUAUCGGCGAGCUCAUGAACCUGCUCAAGGUGGUGACGGAGCAGAAGGAUAGGUUUGUUCUGCAGAAUAAGCUUAACAGGGCGUUGAGGUUGGUGCAGUGGAAGGAGGCCUAUGAUCCUGAUAACCCUGCCAAUUAUGGUGUGAUACAGCGUGAGCAGCAGGAUGCUGCUGCCGCGGCGGAUGCACGGGAAGACGCUGAGUUGGAGAAGGAGAAGUUAAUUGGGGAAGGGGAUGAUGGUGAGGAGGAGGAGGAGUUUGAUGACAUGAAGGAGAAAGAUAAUGUACUGCUGGCUAAACUUGAGGCUAUUGACAGGAAGCUUGAGGAGAAGCUGGCGGAGCUUGAAUAUACGUUUGGGAGGAAGGGGAAGGCACUGGAGGAAGAGAUCAAGGAUCUUGCUGAGGAGAGAAAUGAAUUGACUGAGCAGAAGAGAAAGCCGCUUUACCGGAAGGGUUUUGAUACAAGAUUGAUAGACAUGAACCGAACUUGUAAAGUCACCAAGGGAGGACAAGUUGUGAAGUAUACUGCUAUGGUAGCUUGUGGAAACUAUAAUGGUGUUAUUGGUUUUGCAAAAGCCAAAGGCCCUGCAGUCCCAGUUGCCCUUCAGAAGGUAUUCACAGUAUCUUAUUAGGUCUUUCAAGCACUCCUUGAAACGGUUUGGCACUGGAUUGUUUCUUUCCAAUUGG